AUGGAUCCCGACACGCCUGCCACGCCUGCCCCACAGCCCUCUAUCUUCCGCUGGGUUCUGGGCUUCCUGAUGGUCGGUGCCUGCUGGGGCCUUACGACACCCUUCAUGCGCCGUGCAGCCAUAAAUUAUACGCCUCCAGCACGGCCAUCGCUCACAGACCCGAAUAACUCGUGGCUGAAGAGGAAAGUUUUGGGGAUAUGGUGGGCGGUCAUUGGGGUGCUCAGUCGGCCGGCGUAUGCGGUGCCUUUCUUGUUGAAUGUUACGGGGAGUGUCUGGUUCUUUAUAUUGAUUGGACAAGCUGGUAAGUCUCAGAAGGCGUAG